AACACUUGGGAUGUGUCACAUUAAAGAGGAACACCAAGAGAACUCUUCGAAUGAACAUCAAAUUGUACAAGUGAAGACAGAGCCUUACAAUGUUGCACUCUUGGCAGAGAAGGACCAGAUGGGACACAGCUGUCUGUCAGCAUCAGAGGGAGCAAGAGGAAGCGCUGGUUUGCUCCACAUUAACGACCAGCCCAGAGGCACUUGUGAUCAAGCAUCUUCUGGUUGCACAUCUUCAGAGGCACAGUUCAAUAUCAGCACAAUAACCGUUGAAGCGCAGUUCGACAACACUUCACCAGUCACUAUGGACAGUCCUCCCAUGGAGCAACCUCGAGACCAGAGCAAGCCAUGUGCACUUGCGUGCACGUCGAAAGACAGCCGGAGACGUCACAUGCUUGCACAGUGUCACAAUGAGUCUGAAAAGUGUCCAGCUACUCCAUCGGGGGAUCAGAUGGGAGAGGAGGGUUUUAGGUACGACAUCUGUCCCUCUGCAUUCUUGCCGUCUGGCAGUGACACGAGUCACGUGUCAAAGCGUACUGACGAGGAGUCAUGCAAGUCCGACCACUGUCCUGCACAGUUCCACCAGAGGAGGAGUCUGCGGUGUCACAUGCAAACGCACAUGAACCAGCAGUUGUACAAGAAUGAUACCUGCCCUGCAAAGUUCAGCCGUAUUGUGCACCGGCGGCUUCGCAAGCGAGCACACACUCGCGAAAAACUAUACAAGUGUGAUGCCUGCCCGGCAGAGUUCAGCCGGACAAUGCACCUACAGCGUCACAAGCGGACACACAGGGGUGAGAAACCGAAUAAGUGCGAUCUCUGUCCCGCUGAGUUCAGCCAGAGCAAGAGCCUGUUGGAUCACAAACUGACGCACAUGGGCGAGAAAACACAGAAGUUCAAUGUUUGCACUGCGGAGUUCGGUCGGAGAAGGAGCUUCCAGAAGCACAAGUGGACACACACGAGCAAGAAGCCAUAUAAGUGCGAUGCCUGCCCAGCGAAGUUCAGCCAUAACGAACAUCUCCAGCGUCACAAGCGGACACACACCGGCGAGAAACCAUACAAGUGCGAUGCCUGCCCAGCAGCGUUCAGUGAGAGAGGGAACCUACAGCAGCACAAGCGGACCCACACGGGCGAGAAGCCAUACAAGUGCGAUGUCUGCCAAGCGAAGUUCAGCCAGAGCGGGCACCUACAGCGUCACAAGCAGACACACAAAGGCGAGAAACCAUAUAAGUGCGAUCUCUGUCCUGCUGGGUUCAGCAAGAGCAAGAGCCUGUCAGAUCACAAACUGACGCACACGGGCGAGAAGCCAUACAAGUGCGAUGCCUGCCCAGCGAAGUUCAGCCAUAACGAACACCUCCAGCGUCACAAGCAGACACACACGGGCGAGAAGCCAUACAAGUGCGAUGUCUGCCCAGCGAAGUUCAGCCAGAGCGGGCACCUACAGCGUCACAAGCGGACACACAGGAGCGAGAAGCCGUACAAGUGCGAUCUCUGUCCUGCUGGGUUCAGCCAGAGCAAGAGCCUGUCGUAUCACAAACUGACGCACACAGGCAAGAAAACAUACAAGUGCAGUGUUUGUUCUGCAGAGUUUGGUCAUAGAGGGAACUUACAGCAGCACAAACUGACACACACGGGCGAGAAGCCAUACAAGUGCGAUGUCUGCCCAGCGAAGUUCAGCCAGAGCGGGCACCUACAGCGUCACAAGCGGACACACAGGAGCGAGAAGCCGUACAAGUGCGAUCUCUGUCCUGCUGGGUUUAGCCAGAGCAAGAGCCUGUCGGAUCACAAACUGACGCACACAGGCAAGAAAACAUCCAAGUGCAGUGUUUCUUCUGCGGAGUUUGGUCUGAGAGGGAACUUACAGCAGCACAAGUGGACACACACGGGCGAGAAGCCAUACAAGUGCGAUGCCUGCCCAGCGAAGUUCAGCCAUAACGAACAUCUCCAGCGUCACAAGCGGACACACACCGGCGAGAAACCAUACAAGUGUGAUGCCUGCCCAGCGGCGUUCAGUGAGAGAGGGAACCUACAGCAGCACAAGCGGACACACACGGGCGAGAAGCCAUACAAGUGUGAUGUCUGCCCAGCGAAGUUCAGCCAGAGUGGGCACCUCCAGCGUCACAAGCGGACACACAGGGGCGGGAAACCGUACAAGUGCGAUCUCUGUCCUGCUGGGUUCAGCCAGAGCAAGAGCCUGUCGUAUCACAAACUGACGCACACAGGCAAGAAAACACCCAAGUGCAGUGUUUCUUCUGCGGAGUUCGGUCAGAGAGGGAACUUUCAGCAGCACAAGCUGACACACAUGGGCGAGAAGCCAUACAAGUGCGAUGCCUGCCCAGCGAAAUUCAGCCAUAACGAGCAUCUCCAGCGUCACAAGCGGACACACACCGGCGAGAAACCAUACAAGUGCGAUGCCUGCCCAGCGGCGUUCAGUGAGAGAGGGAACCUGCAGCAGCACAAGCGGACACACACGGGCGAGAAGCCAUACAAGUGUGAUGUCUGCCCAGCGAAAUUCAGCCAGAGCGGGCACCUCCAGCGUCACAAGCGGACACACAGGGGCGAGAAAUCGUACAAGUGCGAUCUCUGUCCUGCUGGGUUCAGCCAGAGCAAGAGCCUGUCGUAUCACAAACUGACACACACAGGCAAGAAAACAUCCAAGUGCAGUGUUUCUUCUGCGGAGUUCGGUCAGAGAGGGAACUUUCAGCAGCACAAGCUGACACACAUGGGCGAGAAGCCAUACAAGUGCGAUGCCUGCCCAGCGAAAUUCAGCCAUAACGAGCAUCUCCAGCGUCACAAGCGGACACACACCGGCGAGAAACCAUACAAGUGCGAUGCCUGCCCAGCGGCGUUCAGUGAGAGAGGGAACCUGCAGCAGCACAAGCGGACACACACGGGCGAGAAGCCAUACAAGUGUGAUGUCUGCCCAGCGAAAUUCAGCCAGAGCGGGCACCUCCAGCGUCACAAGCGGACACACAGGGGCGAGAAAUCGUACAAGUGCGAUCUCUGUCCUGCUGGGUUCAGCCAGAGCAAGAGCCUGUCGUAUCACAAACUGACACACACAGGCAAGAAAACAUCCAAGUGCAGUGUUUCUUCUGCGGAGUUCGGUCAGAGAGGGAACUUACAGCAGCACAAGCGGACACAUACGGGCGAGAAGACAUACCAGUGCGAUGCAUGCCCGGCGGAGUUCAGCCAGAACGGACAGCUCCAGCGUCACAAGCGAACACACACCGGCGAGAAACCAUACAGGUGUGGUGCUUGCCCAGCGGAGUUCAGUGAGAGAAGGAGCCUGCAGCAGCACAAGCGGACACACAUGGGUGUGAAGCCAUACAAGUGCGAUGCCCGCCGUGCUGACCUCUGCCUGAGGAGGAACCUACGGCAGCGUAAGCGGACACACACGGGCGAGAUGCUAUACAUGUGUGAUGUCUGCCCUGGUAAUUUCAGCCUGAGCAGGAACCUACGGCAGCACAAGCGGGCAUACACGGGCGAGAAGCCAUAAAAGUACGAUGUCUGUCCUGCGGAGUUCAGUCAGAGCAGACACCUACAGAGUCACGAGACAGACAGACUCGAAGCCAUACAGGAGCAUUCCCUGUUCUGCAAACUUGAGGUAGUGCCAAACCUGCAGCGUUACAACUGCAUGCAGGUACAUGGGUGUGAAGCCCUACAAAUGCUACUUCUGUUAUGCAGGGAUCAGUCACAGGACCAGCAGGCACCAGCCAGCGAACCAAAUAGCUGCUGGCCGAGCACGAGCUAGUUAAGCCAGAGCAGGAACCUGUGGCUUCACAUGUCUCCACAAGACACUUGAGAUUUGAAACUGUGCAAGUACAUAUGCCAUGUACACGCGAAAGAAUCCGUCCAAUUAAGUGUCACUUCUG